GAAAACAACAACACAUCACAACAAACCCUUCACCGGAACGACACGAAAGCAAGUUUGCUGCUUUUCUUUCCAAAAAUAAAAUACUUUCUCAUCGUGCUUCUUCAAAAUGGAGCCAACGGACCCGAAAGAGGACUACAUUCAACAACGAUUGAACAAAGUGAUGGAAUCGCGUAUCGAAACCGAUCGCGAGACGUUGGAUGCACUUUCGGAUUUGUCAACCUUCUUCAAGGAAAACACUCUUCAAUCGAGACGUAAUUUACGUAGCCAGAUCGAAAAGAGAAGCUUAGAAAUCAAUCAGAACUUUCUGAGUGCGUUCAAGGAAGUGAAAGAAGCGUUGGACGGUAUCUGCGAUGACAUCAACUCAAUGAGCCAGUCGGUGGAAAACAUGAAAUCACAACUGCAUAACACCGAGGUGCAAACGAAGGACCUGAUCCAGCAGGCAAACUCUCUACAGGAAGAAAAUUCCAAGCUGCAAACACAACAAAAGAUCGCCAGUGGGUUCCUAUCCCGAUUCCAGUUGUCCGUCACCGAGCAUCAGAUGUUGUACGGCACGAAGCGAGAUGCACCGAUUACGGCGGAGUUUUUUCAAGUGCUGGAUCGUGUUCAGCGAAUUCAUACCGACUGUAGAACACUUAUGCAGAGCGGUUAUCAAACGGUGGCACUGGAUAUAAUGGAAGAGAUGACGUUACAUCAGGAAGCUGCACUGGAACGACUCUACCGUUGGACACAGUCUCACUGUAGGAACGUAGAGUCCAACGAGAUGGGCGUACUAAUUGUGGAAGCAAUGGCAAGGUUGCAGGAAAGGCCGGUGCUGUUCAAGUACGUUAUAGACGAGUAUUCCACCGCGCGCCGUUCCGUGGUUGUGCGUAGUUUCAUCGACGCUCUUACAAUUGGUGGUCCGGGAGGAAAUCCGAGACCGAUUGAGAUGCUUGCUCACGACCCGAAACGCUACAUCGGUGAUAUGUUUGCGUACAUCCAUCAAAUAUUGCCUCCUGAGAAGGAAAAUCUUCAAAUGUUGGUGCGGAACUGCGACAAAGAGGACAUUACCGAACAGGUACAAUCGGCCAUGAUAAAUCUAUCGGACGGAGUUUGUCAUCCACUUCGGGUGCGCGUAGAAACGAUACUGAACGCCGAGAAGGAUACCAUCAUUCUGUACUCCAUUUUCAACUUGAUCAAGUUCUACCAGAACAUGAUAAAUGGAAUCGUUAAGGGAGGCCAGCUGGAGCAGUGCAUGGCCGAUAUGCAACUGUUCUCGGAAACAACGUACCUUAACAGUCUUACAUUCCAGGUGAAACAGUUACUUCAAGGCCCGAAUGAGAAUCGUAUCGGACUGGAACCUCCGCAGACGGAUCUGGUCCCUUCACCGAGCGUCGGUCGAUUGUUAAACCUGCUGAAGGAGAUCCUGUCCGUGGCUAGUAUGGUUGCAGGCAGUCAGACGGACAUCGUGAAAAUAGUUGGCUGCGUUAUCGAUCCAUUGCUUCAGUCGGUGCAAGAAUCAGCGUCACAUUUACCCACGACGGAUAUGGCAGUGUAUUUGCUGAACUCGCUGUACCAAAUAGAGAGUGUCAUUUCGAUCUACGAGUACAUGGAGGAACGAUUGGAACGGCUGCGUGCUCAAUCGGAUGCGCAAAUCGAUACGCUAACGUCAGAACAAGCCUCAUCACUUGUGGCAAAUCUAAAUCUGGGCCCUAUUUACACCGUGCUUCAAGGCAACGCUACUCAGAUCGAUCAAAGGCAUUUGCAGACGUUUGUGGCGAAGCUGGAACAAUUUCUACAAACUCCCGAAAUACUGUUACUUCCCCAAGUGAAUCUGCUCAUUAGCAGUGGCCAUCGAGCGACAGUACAGAAGCGAUCGUUCAACGUGAUUAUAGCUAUCUACCGUCAAAUUUACGAACGCAUAAAUGAUCCCAAAAACGGAUACACUAAUCCGGAAACAAUUCUGCCCAAAACUCCGGAGCAAGUUGCGGAGCUGCUGUGUGGGUAAGCUUAGUUCGUAAUGUUUUAUAAUAUCAAAUAGUUCCAAUAAUAAACGUUAAAUAUGAUAAGAUAGAUAUGAUGUAGAUAAUAGUAAAUUAACUGAGCAAACAAAAGGUAAAUGUAGAAAACCUGGUCGAUUAA